UGCCAUCGCAUGCCUAACCGAGAAGAUCACGGAAGCUGUAGCUGCAGCGGCGUUUCGCCGGUUGGACUCGCUCAUGAAGCGUUCGGGGAAAGUUCGGGGCAAGAUGGUUCAGAUCGGAAGGGAGCUCGAGGUCAUGAACGAAUUCCUCAGGUGCACGAACGCAUACAGAGGAGACCACGAGCAGCCUCUGAGUGCAUGGGCCAAGCAGAUUCAAGAUGUGGCGUAUGAGAUCGAAGACAUCAUCGAUGAGUACAACUACAUCGUCGCCGGAAGAAGCUGGGGCGGCUUAGGGGGCUACAUCUACAACGCCUUCAAUGACAUCCACAAGGCCAGGGCUCUGUGUGAUGUGAUCACCAAUCUUGAAGCCACAGAAGCCAGUCUUGCCGAUUUAUGGAGGAUGAGAUCCAUGUACGGCAUUAAGAUCCCUCAGAAGACGACGACGAACGGCCCGUCCGACGAGCGCGAGCUCAGCCGCCGCGUAGCGGAAUCAGCGCAUUUCAUGGAGGAAGACGAGCUCGUGGGGUUCGACGGCCACAAGGAUGCACUCAUCAAGUGGCUGGUCAGCGGGGAUCCCCGGCGCGGCAAGGCCUCCGUCUUGGGAAUGGGUGGCGUCGGCAAGACCACCCUCGUCACCAGCGUCUACAAGAACCAAACCAUCACCGACCACUUCAGCUGCCGCGCAUGGGUCUCCGUGUCUCAGAACUACACCACCGAGGAAGUCCUCGGGAAGAUCCUGAGAGAGUUGCAUCAGGAGAGGAUGGAGGAGGAACUUCCACAACAUGAACUCGACUCCAUGGAGUACAGGAGGCUGGUGGAGACUCUGCGUUCGUAUCUGCACCACAAAAGGUACCUCGUCGUCUUAGAUGAUGUUUGGCAUGCAGAUCUAUGGAACGAUAUCAGUUACACGUUGCUCGACAACCACUGUGGUAGUAGAAUCGUGAUCACGACAAGGAAUCAGGAGGUGUCUUCUGCAUCAACCAAUGGAUGCGUCGUAAGAGUUGACCCUCUACCGGAGCAGACGGCAUGGAUCCUCUUCUGCAUGAAGGCGUUUCGUGGGGAGGAGGGAAAUGCUUAUCCCCAAGAGCUGGAAUGCUGGGCGAGACGAAUGGUGGACAAGUGCGAAGGCCUCCCCCUUGCCAUUGUCUCCAUCGCCAACCUUCUGUCGCAGAAGGAAAGGCUUGAGCCGGUGUGGAAGAUGUUCCAUGACAGCCUAACUUGGUCGACGACGACCACCGACAACACACGGCUGCACACGGUGUCGAGGAUUUUGAGCCUGAGCAUCCGAGAUUUGCCUCACCAUCUACGGAAUUGCCUCCUGCAUUGCAGCAUGUUUCCGGAGGAUUAUCCCACAGGGAGGAGCAGGUUGAUCAGGUUGUGGGUGGCUGAAGGGUUCGUGAAAGGAAGGGGCCAGAGAACCAUGGAGGAGGUGGCCGAGGACUACCUCAACCAACUGGCUGGCCGAUGCUUGCUCCAAGUCACCCACACGAACGAGUCCGGGCGGAUCCAGUUCUACCGAGUCCAUGACCUCGUCAGAGAACUCAUCAUGGCCAAAUCGAGAGACGAGCACUUCGCCGAGGCGUACGACGGCAGACUGGAGAACACGAGCCAGAGAGUUCGACGGCUCUCGAUCACGAACGGCGGGCAGGAGGCUUACCAUCAUUUGAAGAGGAGGAUGCCCCUGCUUCGAUCCUUCCAUUGGUUUUCGCCGGUCUCGGCCUCGUUGAUCUCGAGCUGCAGGCUGUUGAGAGUCUUGGGUCUCUGCUCUGCUCCGGUGGAAGUUUUGCCGGAUGAGGUAGUCUGUCUCUUCAAUCUGCGUUACCUAAGCAUACGACGCACUAACGUGAGAAGGCUACCGAGAUCGCCGGGGAACCUGCGCAAUCUGGAAACCUUGGAUGCAGUGCACACCCACAUCGAGGAGCUGCCGAGCGGAGUCGCGAAGCUGGAGAACCUGCGGCACCUGAUGGCGAAGAAGUUCCAUCGCCAGACCUCGAGGUUCACCGUUCUCGGUGGCGGAGUGAAGGUUCCCGGAGGAAUCGGGAUCCUCAAGGGGCUACAGACGCUGAAGGCCGCGCAGACGAUGGGAGGGAUGCGGCUGUUAGCCAACCUCACCCCACAGCUUCGAAAGCUCAGCUUGUCCGGUAAGCUGGAGAAGGGGAUGCUGCCUCACUGGUUCGAUUCGCGUGCAAAUCUCACUCACGUGGUGCUGAAGAUGUCAAGACUCAAAGAAGACGCAGUGUCCGCGCUCAUGGCGUCGCCCAAUCUGGUCUCGCUCUUCCUCAUGCAAGCGUUCGAGGGGAACGCACUGCGCUUCCCUGCAGGAUCGCUGUGCAAGCUCAAGUCACUGGGACUGUGCGACAUGGCGCACCUAAACUGCAUAGAAAUCGAGGGGACCGCCCUGGAAAGCCUUCAGGAGCUGACACUGGUGAGAUGCAGCCAGUUGCAGACGAUUCCCAGAGGGAUUCAGAGCCUCAGUGGUUUGCAGAAACUGGAGCUCGAAGACAUGCCUGAUGAGCUGGUGGAGAAGCUCCGGGAAUGGAGACAGCACUACCAAAGCAUUCCUAUCAUUAAGAUUUGGUACCACAUAAAUGGAAGCUGGAUCGUAGAGAGACUCUCUUGCGCCUCCUAAGUUUCCAUGGCUGAUGAGAUCACAGCUCACAUAGAAGCUUGUUGGAUUUUGGCUCAAGACCAGAGUUGUAAAGCAGUAAUUCCUUUUUCAUUUGUGUAUAGUGUUGUCUGUAUAGGUAUCUGUUCAUAGUGUUGUCUGUAUAGAUAUCUGUUCUUGCUUAUAACAGAGAUGUAAUUUUUCUCUUGCCAACAUCUCCUU